UGAAACGACGUGGUGAAGUGAAUGACGGUGUGUGUCUCUGCUGCGGGGUUCGGCUCCAUUUGAGGCGUUCAAAAACAGUGAUUGUUCUUGGUUUACCCACGUUACCGGAAGUUGGCUAAGUGAGACAAGUGACGAAGUUUCCGAGUAACUAGAGUGUCUAGUAGCGUAGUUAUGAUAUUGUAACGACACUUAUCGUCUACUGAGAUCGCAGUUCUUCUAGCUUCACUGUACCCAGAAUCUUGCAUCCAAUGACGACAUUGACCACACGCCCGAUCCCUUUGCUUCCGCUCGUUUUGCCGAUUCCCAUGUAUUGUAAUGAUCGGCCUUCCUCGACAGGAUCAGGAUCGCCACCUUCGUCUCUUGGGGUUGGUCUGGGGCAGUCUGACAGUCUCUUGCUCGAGCGUCACCAUGAAGUGACCAGCCCCAGGAUUAGCAGUGCCGGAAGCUCCUAUAGCCGGAAUUGCGGCAAUUCUCCAAUCCGGAUGGAUUCUAGCGUCUUAAUUGAUCAGGAAAGCCGACGGACGCGUAGUUUUUCGCAUAUGGAACACGAUCACAAUCGGGACAACUGUGAUAAGAUCAAUGACCGUAUGAGUUGUUGUAGUGAUGACAGUGAACUUUCUGUAGGUCAGGAAGAAUGUUGUGACAAUGGAAGUGCUGCCACCGGGUCGGUAUCCAAGCGAAGCAGGUUCAGUGGAACAGGCAACGAUCAUGAUCAAGGGAUUGAUGAAUGCGAGAGCGGGGACAACUUAUCGAGUUUAUCAGAGGAUAACCGGGUUAGAGGUGGAUCAGAGCCGUUGUGCAACGAUGAUGCUAGCAGUGACUCUAAUUCGAUUAGGGAAAGUGGUGAUCCAGGACUGUUGUCCAGUCCUUCAAGUCUGGGUAUGCAGGCAGGAUCUAUUAUAAGGCCGAGUCCAACUCGGCUGCAAGAAGAGUUCUUACGGAAAUCCCACCUCUACGCGGAGCAGUUGAUGAAGCAGCAGAUGCAGUUCAUGGCUGUUGCUCGCGCGAGUGCAUUCCAGCUACACCAUGGAGCCCUGAGUCCUGAUAUGUGCAAAGUAGGAUUCAGGCCACCGGAAAAUGCAAAUACCUUUUCUAGCUUUGGAGGAAUCCAGUCGCACCUGAAUGCUAUUUCCAAAAUCUCAUCACAACUUACUUGCGAGGAAUCAGCCUUGAGUAGACUGACUGCCUUCGGGCUGUCUUCUUCGAGGGAGCUAUCGCAGUCACCACCUUCAUCUCUUAAUCAAUUUCAUCAGCACCACAACCACCCUCUGUUACCCCAUCAGCUUCUAAACAACAAUUUAAACGAAAGAAACCUGAAAUUCAGCAUAGACAAUAUCCUUAAAGCAGACUUUGGCCGAAGGAUAACCGACCCGAUUUUAAAACGAGCAGCUGGACAAAGUGCCGGUGGUGGUAAAUCAUCCCAUAAUGGUCGCAGGACUUCGAAUCGAACGAACAGUGAAAAACACGGUGCUCCCAUUGAUUUGACCAGUUCGCUCCUAGCGGGAUCAAGUGUAAAUAGUAAUAGUGCAAUUUCAACCCCUUCAGUGAAUUUAAGAACAUCCAUUGAUCCAGUACCGACGGCCACGUCACCAAGUUCUGCAUCGUCUAGCCCUAAUUUCAAUGUAGCGACGGCUGUGUCGUCGUCCCAGUCUAGUUCCACUUGCACGGCUACAUCACCUUCAAGUUCUUCAACCCCCGCGGCUGCUUCGAAUUCGGGUGGAUCAACGACGGAGAGUGGAAGCAGCAGUGGUGGCAGCGUGAACAAUGGAAGCGGUGGACCUGUAGUUUGGCCGGCAUGGGUCUAUUGCACUCGGUAUAGUGAUCGACCUAGUUCUGGACGAAGUCCGCGCACGCGUAAGCCAAAGAAACCCCCUAGUGAAAAGGGAACAUCAUCAGAUGAGAAACGUCCGCGAACGGCAUUCAGUGGCCCACAAUUAGCUCGAUUGAAGCAUGAGUUCAAUGAAAAUCGCUACCUUACCGAACGUCGACGACAACAGCUCAGCGCUGAAUUAGGCUUAAAUGAGGCUCAGAUAAAAAUCUGGUUUCAAAAUAAACGUGCAAAAAUUAAAAAGGCGAGUGGAACGAAAAAUCCUUUAGCUCUACAAUUGAUGGCCCAAGGACUGUAUAAUCAUUCAACUGUACCCUUAACACACGAAGAGGAGGAACUCCAGGAACUUCAUUCAAAAGGUGUUGCUUGAAUCCUUGCAGUAGUUGGGAUCUUUUGGUGUUGCUCUACAGAAGCGACUGUGACCCGUCCAGUGCCAUUAUAUCUUUAUGUUUCCAUACGAUCCUAGCAAAAUGUCAGUUUUGACUUUUCCAAUCCUGAAGAAAAAUUACAAUGUAACAGUGCCGAUGUGAAAAUAUACGACAUAUGAAAAUUUAUCUUGAAGGAAUCCAUUUUCUUCCCAACACAAUGAGAACUAUCUUUUUUUAGUUAUCUAGAUUCCCUAGUUAUCAUUCAAAGAUUCAAUAAAGAAAAGUGUACUAAACUCCGACAGGGUGAAUUCUCAGCAUAGUAAAAAGCGAAUUAUUUGAGAAAAUCAGAUAAAAUUCGUUGAAGUAAUAUUUUCAAAAUGAGAGCAACAACUUGUAUAAAUUCGAUUAAUUACCGAAACCUAAAUUAUAGAUACAACUCCUAAAUUAAGAAUAUUUUAAGAGGAAGACGAUACUGUUAAUAAGUAAUGCCACCUAAUGCGAAUGAGAAAGAACUUGUUGUAUACCUACAAAACUCUUAGACUUCUCUAUACUAGUCUUGAAUGCCCUAAUAAGUAUAUAUAAUUAUUAUCGAUUAGAAUAAUUGGAAUUGAAACAGUAGGAAACCAAUACAAAAUAGAUUUUGAAUAUUUCAAACGUGUACAUAUAAAAUAAAUGACUUUUAUUUAAAUGGAGGGUAGUGUCCUUAUUUGCUGACGGCGAAUUCCUUAGAGCUAUUUUGUAAUUUAUUAAAUAUUUUAUUUAAUUGGUAAAAAAAACAACUUUGCAUUUAUUUGCUUCUAUUUUGAUUUUAAUUCUAAAAUUACGCUAGUAGGCUCCUGGUGUUGUAAAGUUUCGGAUUGUAUAAUAUUUAAAAUCGAAGAAUAUUUUGAAGAAAUGUGUAAGAAGAGGUUAUUUAAUUAUAAACACGAGAAAAUAAAAGGA